AUGUCGACGUCCUUUCCAUAUGGAAAUCCCGACUUCCAGGAGGUCACUUUCUACAGCCGCGAUGGCCAGAAGAUUACGAUAAACCUGUACUCGAUUGACCUAUUCUACCAGUACAAUGUCCGCAUAUGCAUCAAUCUUGGCUCUCAGCUCGGUGCUUCGGUCGUCCUUCUGGUGUUUCUGCUGCUGUUGACUCACAGCGACAAGCGUGGCUCAUCCGUCUUUAUUCUCAACGGUCUAGCUUUGUUGUUCAACAUCGUGCGCCUGCUUUUCCAGACGAUUCAUUUCUCCACCCCUUUUGAAAAGGUCUAUCCCUUCUUUUCCGGCGACUACUCGGCUGUCAAACCUAGCGCUUACGCCAUAUCUAUCCUGGGCGUCGUCUUCGAGACGAUGCUCGUCAUGUGCACCAUGAUCUCGCUGGUCGUGCAGGUGCAUGUGGUGUGCAAAACAUUGCGACGUCGAUACAGAAGGCCCUUGCUGGCCUUCUCUGUGCUGGUGGCGUUGGUACCUAUUGGGUUCCGGAUGGGAUGGAUGGUGAUCAACUGCAUCUACAUCAUGGCAGCCGAAGGCACGGCCGAAUGGGUGUGGCUGGAGAGCGCCCUCAACAUCGUGAUCACCAUCAGCAUCUGCUUUUUCUGUACGGUAUUCGUCGUCAAACUGGGCCAUGCGAUCAGGCAGCGCCGUCGACUCGGCGUUCGUGACUUCGGCCCCAUGAAGAUUAUUUUCGUCUGCGGUUGCCAAACUCUCACGAUCCCCGCUCUCUUCUCCAUUCUUCAAUACUUUUCCCACGUCCCGGAGCUGGCCGACAACGUUCUGACCCUCGUCACCCUAUCCUUGCCACUGUCCUCGAUCUGGGCCGGUGCCGCGCUUGAGAAUGCUCAGCGGAUCGACGCGACUCGCCGUCCUCGUAACCUGUGGCGCGCACUCGCCUUCGGAAUGAGCCGAUCCAUGUCUAGCAACCGCUCGGGGACCGAAAUGACUGCUACGGCUUACACCGGACAGACCUUGUGCUAUGCGGAUCAGCAAAUCAGCAAGCAUUCACAGGAUUCCGAGAUACCCCUGGCAAUCUCAGUUGAGCACGAUAUCUCCGUCGACUCUGUCAGGUGCUCUCGACAGGACAAGUCUAUGGCUUAG